UCGCCGCUGGCUGCGUGGAGUGGGUUCCGAGCAGAGCGAAAGUGCAGGUAUAUAUGCGGCUGAUUGUCGCUUGGUCGGGUCAGUGGAUUCGUACCUUUUCGCCAUGAGAGUCCAGACAGCAAUACUCGCCCUCGCCCUGUUCGGCGCGGCGUUCGCCCGCCCGGAGGAGAAGAAAGAAGAAGCCGCCGCUGAGGCGAAGGACAGCAAGAGCAAACGCGGUCUCUGGGACCUCGGUGACUUCGGCGGUCACGGAUUGGAGUACGGAGGUGGACACGGACUCGAGCUCGGAGGUCACUACGGCGGUGGCUCCCUCGGCGGCGGUCACCACGACGAGGGCCACAUCUCCGGCAUCACCAUCCACCGCGAGGUCAAAGUGCCCGUGCCAGCGCCGUACAAGGUCGAGAAGCACAUCCCAGUGCCGUACCCAGUCCACGUAAAGGUGCCCGUAGACAGGCCCGUGCCCUACCACGUGCCCGCCCCCUACCCAGUGCACGUCGACAAGCACAUCCCCGUGCCCGUCGAGAAGCCCGUGCCCUACCCCGUCCACGUGCCCGUCAAGGUGCCAGUGGAGGAGCCCUACCCAGUCCACGUGCCUGUGAAGGUGCCCUACCACGUCGAGAAGCAGGUGCCCUACCCAGUCAAGGUCCCGGUCUACCACAAGGAGUCCUACCCGGUCUACAUCAAGGAGCACCACCACGAGCACCACGACCUGGGCCACCACGGUCACUACUUGUAAAAAGCGCGAGCAGACCCGAUGACGCCUGUCUCUCGCGGAGCUGUAAAUAUGCAAUAUGAACGAGUGCGGGAGAAGCAAGCCUUCCCUUUCGUCCGCCCCGACGGAAAUCUACGAAAGCUGUUGCUCUGACUUUGUACCUAAUACAUACACUCUCUCUCUCUCUCUCUCUCUCACACUCACACACAUACGCAAUGUAUAGAUAGUUCGAUUCUUUAGCCCUCGUCCCGCGGGACGGGUGAGCUGAUCGUGAUGAAUUCGCGUACACGUUCGUUAAUAUACUCUCUGUUUUUUUUUUUAUUUUUCUACGCCGAAACCGAGCUGAAAAUCAUGAUUGUUUGCUAUGCGAAUUUAGCUGUACGAGUAUAUUGAAUAAAUAUUAUUUUUGCUACAAAAAAAAAUA